AUCGUGUCGCAUGAAAUAGAACCUUGAAACUGUAAAUUAUCGUAAAAAAAAAGUCAUGACACCGAAAACAUUGAGUAUAGAACAGAGCGACGAGACAAAACGUGUCGUAAUGAUAAUGAAUGGAGGUCCAUAAACUAGAGGCCGUGUACACUAGAGGUUAAUCUUUCUCGGUAUCACACUCCAAAUGCUUGCGCAGUUUGAUCGUAAUUUUGUUCGAGUGCCUGGUUUUUCUAUUAGCUGAUGAAUUCAGAAUCAUUCUGUGGAGUCGCAUAACUGAACGAUCGUCAAGGAUUUUCUAGUCUUUUGAAGACAAAAUAACAUUGAUAUGGCAGAUUUCGCGUUAAACGGAUUUAGUAGUGAUCAGACUGAGAAGAUCCUACAGUUUCAGGAUUUAACAGGUAUCGAGGAUCUAUCAAUUUGCAGAGACGUCUUACAGAGGCAUAAUUGGAAUUUGGAGGUUGCAGUUCAGGAACAACUAAAUUUGUAUGAAGGAAGACCAUCAAUGUAUGCACAGGAUUCAAGAUCAAGACCACCACAAGUUGUUGAUGAUAGCAGUUCUAGAAUAUAUUUUCAUUAUUCUGGAAGUCCUAGUGGCAGGGGUAGUUAUUUAUGGUAUAUCUUUUCAUUGUGUUAUGAAAGGGUCAUUAGCAUCCUACAACUACUUCUGUCAAUAUUUAGAAGAAAUGUCAGACCUGUAUCUUCUGAUCCUGUGGAAGAUGUGAUUAAUUUCAUUCGAUCUUAUGAGGAAUCUUAUGGUAACAGUCAUCCUGUUUUUUAUCAAGGCUCUUACAGCCAAGCUCUUUCUGAUGCAAAACAAGAAUUAAGGUUUUUGUUAGUAUAUUUGCAUAAAGAUGAAGCACAAAAUGUUGAUCAGUGGUGCAGGAACACAUUAGGUAAUGUAGAAGUUGUUCAAUACGUAAAUACACACACCUUAUUUUGGGCAUGUAAUGUGAAAUCAGGUGAAGGUUAUAAAGUAGCAGAAGCUCUUAAAUCUGGCUCUUAUCCUUUCCUGGCUAUUAUUGUUUUAAGAGAUAAUAGAAUGACAAUAGUUGGUCGGAUGGAAGGUACACCAUCACCUUCUGAAUUAAUAUCUCGAUUACAAACAUUUAUAGAUCACAACGAAAUUAAUUUAAUACAAGCUCGUCAAGAAAGGGCGGAGCGUAGUGCGGCGCAAUCUUUACGUCAACAACAAGAUCAAGCAUAUGAGGAAUCGCUACGUGCGGACCAAGAGAAGGAUCGGAGGAGAGAAGAGGAACGAAGAGCACGCGAGGAACGAGAGGCUAGAGAAAAAGAACAACUAAAUGCACAAGAAAUGGAAAUUCAACGUAUUCGCCGUGAGAAAGAACUUACAGUUUGUAAAGUGCCCCUCGAGCCAGAGCCUACUGAUCCUAAUGCAUGUCAUCUUCAAAUUAAGCUUGGAGAAAGGACAAUGAAAAGACGUUUUCUAAUGUCUGACACGUUAGAAGAUGUAUAUCAUUGGAUAUUUAGUCAGCCGGAUUCUCCAGUGAGUUUUGAAAUAACUACUAGUUUCCCGAAGAGAAUUUUAUAUCCAUGUAGAGAAAUUUUAACAUUAUCAGACGCUGGUUUAACACACAGAGAAGUCCUCCAUGUUAAUGAUUUAGAUGAUUAACCUCUAUUGAUAUUUCAGUACUGCAUUCUUUGUGUUUAAGUAUCAUUCCAAGGAAAAAAUGAUACUGUCGUAAGAGACAUUUAUCAAAAGAUAAUAACAAUAAUAAUAUAUAUAUAUAUCUAAAGAUAUAUAUAUACAUACAUAUAAAUAUAUAUAUAUAGAUAUAUAUAUAUAUAUUUGAUACAUUUGAGUAUUUUAUGUGAAGCGUACACUUCUGUCAGGAAUGCAGUUUUACAGCAGACUUAAAAAAUAUAUUGGAAAAACAAAUCAAAGAAUGGUUAAUUAUGCUGCAUUUUCUGCAUAGAACUAUCGUAUCAACUAUGAGUACAUUUAUCAUGUACUACGAACAAUACGCUCCCUAAAGUAUACAUUAAAUUGAAAACAACAGAUCUUGUUGUAAAAACUAAAAAAGCAAUUUAUAUAUAUAUAUCUACGGUAUACAUAUAUACGGUAUAUAUAUAUCUAUAAUACGACACUUCACAAAAGCUGUACACCAAACAUUUAUUAUAUUUGUCUUAAUACAUUUUAGCUUAAAUCUUUUAAUAAGCUGACUAAGAAAUGUAAGUAAUUUAUAAAAUAAAAGAACAAACCAUGUAAAUAUUAUAGUUAAAGCGCAGAUUUAAUACAUAUGUAUAUAUACUUCACAAUUUUAUGAAAGUUGAAGUUACAUUAUUAUAAUAUUGCAUUGUUUUAAAUCUGUACUUUAAGUAUAAUUGAUAAAACAGUUUCUAGCAAGUGUGGUUCCUUUUGCAUUUUACCGUCUCCGUAAUUUUGGUCAGUCUUAUUAAAAAUGCUAUUAGAUACAAUGAAAAAACGCAAUAGAUUUAUUGAUCACAUGCAAUUCUACUCGAUACAAGUUUCUGUAUCAGAAAAAAGAAAAAAAGUUAAUCGAAAAUAGUUUAUCUUAGAUUAGAAAGUAAUCGUAUUCUUUUUUUUAUCACAAUUUUAUGAGUGUGCACGCAGCGGUAGCUUCUUUUCCUUCGUAUUAAGAGAUGUCUUUCUCUCUUCUAUGACUAAAGACUAAAUUAAAUGUUAUUUUACAUAUUUUAAAGAAUAUCUUAAGAAAAAUUGCUUGUUAUCGUAAGUUCAAAUAAUUUUUGUCGCUUUACUUGUGGGUUGUAAGGAAAUUGUUUAGCAUGUGUUAUUGGUUUAUAAAUGUUGGAUAUUGGAAAUCAAAUAUCUAUAAUUUUUAAAGUAUUCACUUGAAAUGUUCGCAAAUUAAUUAUUUUUUAUGCUGUGCUUUUUUCUGUAAAGAAACAACCGAACAAAAAUAAACAUACAACUUUGUAUUGCUUCUUCUAAAUGUUCUAUAGAAGAAUAUACAAUAUUCAAGAGCAAUCUAUAGCAUUUAUACAUACAUAAAUAUACACAUAUAUAUACAUAUGCAUAUAUAAAUCAUUUGAUAAAAUGAAUACAGCAAUUUGUGCAAUGCAUCAGAUCGUUAAUCAUUAAAUGUAAACUUUUGUAUACACAUUUUGUGAUCUAGUUUUGAUACGUCUUUAUUUUCCUUUAGAUACUCUUCUGUAUAUACGUAAAUGACAGUCCAUUUAAUCCCAGCUACUGUCUGAUGCUGGAUAUUGCUGUUUCUUUGUUACUAUGCAAUGCUUAAAUAAACAUGUUUGAGAAUAUAUAUUUUUCGUUUGUGGACAUUUUAUUACAUAGUUUAUUGCAUUUUUAAUAUUAUUAUUAAGUAUUUAAAACAUCCUAACUAUUUUAAUUGAAUAUUAUGUAUUUGUAUAAUAUACCUAUUUAUGUCAAUAUCAAGCAUCAGAUGUAGAUACACCUGCUAAAUAAAAUGAAUUGAGUGGUUACUUGGAACAAAUAAUUAAAAUAAAUAUGUUGCAAAUGGCUUCAUAAUAAAAUAAAAAAGUUUUUACAGUAUGAAAAGAUACAAGGGCUAAGACUAUAACAAAAUAUGUAAUUAUAUAUAAGUUUAUAAAAACAAAUUUCCAACGUAUUUGAAUGUAUCUACAUAUGUAUAUGAUAGUCUACAAAAACAUUUCGUUAUCAUUAAUAUAUUUUCGAACAUAUUAAAUUCUAAUUUCAUUGUUGUUUUUUCUGAGAUAAAUACUCCGAAAAUGGUUGAUAAUACAGUUGAACAAUUUGCUAGACAAUUAUUUUUAUAGAUAUCAGAACUUCCAUAUCAUUAUUUUACAUAAAAUAUGGAAUAAUUGUAUCAUGAAAAAAGGGACAAAAAUAAAAAAUGGGAAUAAUGUCUUUAUGAA